AUGGCCGCCCGCGGGGGCGAGAAGGAGCCGCUGGACGCGGUGAGUCAGAACCGGAUCCUGUGCGAGCGGGUGCGGAAGGAGCUGCACUGCCAGAAGCUGCACACGCGAUUCGACGUGAACCCGCUCCACCGCGUUCACACCCUCACCAGGAAGCCCAUGUCUUGGCACGAUAAUGUAGAAGAGACGGCAGAUGAAAAGUUUCUGAAUCUGAUUCACCAUGCAGCACUGGAGCCAACAAAGAAGUAUUCAGAGCCACAAACUGAGAGCCAAGAAAUUGGCUGGAACCCACCUUUGGUGAGUAGGGUGCUUAAGGACAUGGCUCUUUGCAGGAUUCAGAGGUUCAGCCCAUCGCACUGAAAGAUAUUCAUGCCAGAAAAUAAUCUGUGACAUGGAAAAG